AUGGCUACCGCUGGUAGCGGAAAUGUUCAACCUUGGCCGAAUUCUAAAGAUGACUACGAAUUAAAAGAAGUAAUUGGUGUCGGUGCCACAGCUGUCGUUCAUGCAGCAAUAUGCAAACCGAGGCAGGAAAAAUGUGCAAUCAAAAGAAUCAAUUUGGAAAAAUGGAACACGAGCAUGGAUGAAUUAUUGAAAGAAAUUCAAGCCAUGUCAAGUUGUAAUCAUGAAAAUGUAGUAACUUAUUACACUUCGUUUGUCGUUCGUGAAGAACUUUGGCUCGUUUUAAAAUUAUUAGAAGGUGGUUCUUUGUUAGAUGUCAUUAAACACAAAAUGAGAGUUUCUAAUUGUAAACAUGGAGUUUUCGAUGAAAGUACAAUAGCUACAGUAUUGAAAGAAGUUUUGAAAGGUUUAGAAUAUUUUCAUUGUAAUGGUCAGAUUCACAGAGACAUAAAAGCUGGUAAUAUUUUAUUGGGAGAAGAUGGAAGCGUUCAAAUUGCUGAUUUUGGAGUUAGUGCCUGGUUAGCUACUGGAAGAGAUCUUUCUAGACAAAAAGUUAGACAUACAUUUGUAGGAACUCCUUGUUGGAUGGCUCCAGAAGUUAUGGAACAGGAUCACGGGUACGAUUUCAAAGCGGAUAUUUGGUCAUUUGGUAUAACCGCAAUAGAAAUGGCGACCGGCACGGCUCCCUAUCACAAGUAUCCUCCAAUGAAAGUAUUAAUGUUAACACUUCAAAACGAGCCUCCGACAUUGGACACCGGUGCAGAAGAAAAAGAUCAAUACAAAGCUUACGGGAAAACAUUUAGGAAAAUGGUGGUGGAUUGUUUACAAAAAGAUCCAUCAAAGAGGCCACCGGCAUCGGAACUAUUGAAACAUCCGUUUUUUAGAAAAGCAAAAGAUAAAAAAUAUUUGCAACAAACGUUGGUCGCCAUUGGGCCCAGCGUCGAAGCAAGAGUUCAAAAAGCGAGCAAACGUCAAUCGGGAGCAAGCGGACGUUUGCAUCGAACCGUGACCGGUGAAUGGGUUUGGAGUUCGGAAGAAGAGGAUAAAUCGUCGGAUGAUGAAGUAACCGAGAAACCAAUGAAUUCGAUAGCAGCCGCAUCGAGUGGGAGCGAAGAUGAGGUAGAAGCCGAAGGUUCGACUCAAAAUGCGGCACCAAUUAAUUUAGUUCUUCGCAUGAGAAAUCCUAAAAAAGAAUUAAAUGAUAUACGAUUUGAAUUUGGAAUCGGUAAAGAUUCGGCCGAAGGUAUUGCAACGGAACUAAUGCAAGCUGGUCUUGUAGAUGGUAAAGACAUAAUUGCAAUAGCUGCUAAUCUUCAAAAGCUUAUAGACAGUCAAGGACUACUACGAGCCGUCACGUUUCCUUUGAAUUCUGGUUGUGGAACCAACGAAGUUGCAGAUGAUAAAGCGCUUAUUGGAUUUGCACAAAUCAGCAUCACCGAUUGA